GGCACUGGAAUUGGAAUCGUGUUCGCCUGUCAGUUGCUCCACCACCGCCGAUACUGGGGGACGACUGCCCUCGCGGAGAACACGUGGUUGAUCCGAGUUCCAAUAGUGCAUUCAAUCCAAAUAAUUUAAAUACAGCGUUAUAAUUUUAGUGUGAUAAAAAAACAACCGAAACUAAAAAUGAUGUCCACGUGUUUGUUGGCUCAGACCAGGCGAGUCCUUCCAAGAUCCUUAGAUCGUAGCAGCUCCAGCUCAUCGCUGCAAUCAAAGGCAGCCCCCACCAUGAUAUCCCAGAAGCAAAGUGAGAUGCCCGACUGCGACCACCGCCCGGUGGCCUACAAGGGCUCCAGCUACGAGCAAAUCCUCAAGACCCGACGCAAUCACCUGACACCGAAUCUGCUGGCCCACUUCAAAAAGCCACUUGUGAUCCACGCUGGUCACAUGCAGUGGUUGUACGAUCACGAGGGCCGGCGCUACCUGGACAUGUUUGGCGGAAUCGUUACUGUGUCCGUUGGACAUUGCCACCCAAAGGUUAACCAGGCGCUUAGCGAGCAGACUGCCAAACUUUGGCACACGACUAACAUCUACAUGCACCCCAAGAUCCACGAGUAUGCCGAGCGUCUAGUGGCCAAGUUCCCAGGAAAUCUCAAAAGCGUGUGCUUCGUGAACUCCGGUUCGGAGGCCAACGAUCUGGCUAUGCUAAUGGCGCGCCUUCACACAGGCAACCAGGACAUCCUUUCCUUGCGCAACUGCUAUCACGGUAUGUCCCCCUACACCAUGGGCCUCACGGCGCACUCCACCUGGCGCUUUCCCCUGCCGGGCGUGAACAACGGACUUGUGCACGUGAUGAACCCCGAUCCGUACCAGGGCAUUUGGGGCGGUUCAAACUGUCGGGACUCGCCUGUGCAGACCAACCGAGACUGCCAGUGCGCCGUGGGCUGCCAGGCCAGCGACGCCUAUUACAACGAGCUGGAGGAGACCUUUAAGUAUUCCUUGCCGCGCGGCAAGGUGGCUGCCAUGUUUGCAGAGUCAAUCCAGGGGGUCGGCGGAACGGUGCAGUUCCCAAAAGGGUAUCUGAAGAGGGCAGCAGCUCUGGUAAGGGCUAACGGAGGACUCUUUGUGGCCGACGAGGUUCAGACUGGCUUUGGGCGAACCGGUGAGCACUUCUGGGGCUUCGAGGGCCACGACUACUUACCCGACAUAGUCACCAUGGCCAAGGGCAUUGGAAACGGCUUCCCGCUAGCCGCUGUUGUCACCACGCCAGAGAUCGCGGCCUCCCUGGGCCAGGCCCUGCACUUCAACACUUACGGAGGGAACCCAAUGGCCAGUGCCGUAGGCAUUGCCGUGCUAGACGUAAUCGAGGAGGAGCAGCUGCAGCGCAACUCGCUGGAAGUGGGCACCUACUUUCUCACAGGCCUGGCCAAACUGCAACAGCGCUUCGAGAUCAUUGGCGACGUGCGGGGAAAAGGCCUGAUGAUUGGCGUGGAGCUGGUGGGAAAUCGAGAAAAGCGUACCCCUCUGGCUACGCCCCACGUCCUGGACAUCUGGGAGAAGUGUAAGGACCUAGGAGUGCUCUUCGGACGCGGGGGUCUUCAUGGAAACGUUCUCCGCAUUAAGCCUCCCAUGUGCAUCACGCUGGCUGACGCGAACUUCGCCGUGGAUGUGCUGGCCCGGGCCAUCACGGAGUCGCUACCCGAGAAUAAUUAACGAAGAUUUGCGAAGACGAGAGAGUGUUUGUAGGAUGGUCCCAGUUGCAUUUAUCUAUCUAAGUAGUUACUCCUAGCAAAGUCUUAUGCAUUUUUUUAUCCUUAAGUCGUCGACUAUUCAAAAAUUAAAAGAAUUGGUUUUUAUACAUUACUGCGAUCCGAAAGCGCGAAAGUGGACGGGGGAAACCACACCAGAAAACCCUCCGCCUACUGCCAGCCAGAUUAUCUUGCAUCUUUACAAUUACCUACUGCGGGUAAACAUUUCUUCCAUAUUAAUCCCUCAAACGCUCAUGCCAAACUUACACACAACUCACUCUUGAAUGCUCUAAAAUCAUAAUAAUAUCUAUCCAUUUUGAUUGGCUAUAUGACUUUAAUCUUCUAUUCCUUCGGAACUUAAUAAUCGUUAUAACCAUUUGUUUAUAUACUCAUCAGAAGAUAUUCCCAAGCUAUUUAAAAAGUCCAGUAACAUUGACAUAUUAUAAAAAAUAACAAGAGAGUGGAGUUCCUAGAUUAUCAGAUACUCGUUACUUAACUAGUGAAAGUGCAAACGAAAAAUUUCAACAUUUUCUAGAAUAUCGGUUGAAAUUGGGGCGUGGUAUUUUUGGGCGGUUCGGUGGCGUGGAAAAAAAUUGUUUCGCCAAAUCUAUAGAUAUGUACAAGACUAAUAAAAAUAAUAUCAAUCAUUUUUCAAAAGUGUGGGAGUGGCAGUUAUUGGCGCUUUGUGGGCGUUAGAUUGGGCGUGGCAAUAUGGGACAACAAACUUGCGCUGCGUCUCUGCCUCUGGAAGCUGUAUGUUUAAUCUAUUGAUCCUGAUAAAUAAUAUACAUAUUUUAUAUUAAAUGGUCGCAAAUGGUCUCUGUGUA